AUGGUAACUAUGGUUGAUUAUACCAAUAUUUUGAGGAGUACCCUUGAAAAUGGAUCAGGCAUGGUCAAGUUCUUUAAAACUUUGGAAUACACGUUCUCCCAGCGCGAUCAAGCAGAGAAAGAUUUGAAAAGAGCACUUGAAACAAUCUCGUCGGAAAAUGGUGAACUAUCAUCCAAAGCACUGGAGUGGCUUCGUAAUUUUGACGUCAUGAUAAAGAGUUCGAGUACGGAACGGCAUUGGACCUCAACUAAAGUGAACGAGGAGUGCGAAAAGACUCAUUCAUUAGAAUUAAUUUCUGCCGAAAAAGAAGAACAGCAUUUUUAUAAUGUGAUGUCAAAUAUUGCUGUGGAACAUGACAGUGCUAGCGAUAAUUUCCGAGCCAGAACUCAGGAACGUUUUAACAAGCGUCCUUCAUCUUUUGAAGAAUCAUUGCAUGAAUUGGAUUCAAACAAGAAGAUGAAAUUAAAUGGCACAACUCCUGAUAAUUACGAAACUUCCGCUGAUACUGAGCAAGAGACGGAUGAAGUGACACUUAUCGACCCGGAAAAAUUUAAGGGAACAUACCUGGAAUUGGAUCCCAACCAGAUGUGGACAUUAAAAAGUGGUCGCAAAGUAGAAGAAAUUAUUUACGAAUUUGCCAGAAAUCUUUCCAGAGAAUCAUAUUUACAUUCGUUUAUAAUCAAUGACGUUGAUGUGGAAACAAAAUCGUUGUUUACUAAAGAGGAGUGGAAAGAGAUCACUACUUCAGAGGUUAAGAACAAGCCAAGUCUCGAACAAUCUCAUAUGGAUUUGUUGAAAACGAUUGACAAUGUUGAAAAAUUACAAGAAAUUAUUUUUGAACCGUUUAUGCAAGAUGGAUCCAAAUAUGAUAAGAGAUCUCAUUUUGAUCUUAAUUAUAUCAAUUAUUCAUAUAGAGGAAUGUUAUUUUUGUGGCAGAAGGAAGAAAAUCCUUUCGAUUCUGAGAAGCUAGAGGGUUGGUACGAAAUGAAUGUCUGGAGCCAUUUGAUCGAUCCGGCUUUCCACAAUCUGAACAUUGAUCUAGGCGAUGGAGUAUUUAGAUUGUGUAAGGAUCGUCUAGAAUUCGGUGCUAUAGAAACGGGUCGAAAAUGGGAAGGGGAAAAGGGGACUAAGUACAUGCACGAUUCUUUAAAAAUGUGUAAGAUGUUAAAAGAUAUGGUUACACAGCUUGCUAUUAUAUGUGACGGGAGAGAAGAACUUGUUAGGAAAUUGGAAGUGGUCGGAAUUUUACAUGGAGCUAAUAGAAUUCAAAUAAUUACGAUGGACUAUCCAAAAGGAUAUAUUUCUCGUAUCAAACGUAGAAAGUUCUGUAAAGUUCCUGGACGUUUAACCAAUUCAACUCCACUUGCUUUGGUUCUGAAAGAGAUACUUUAUGCAAAAUCUAUUAUCUCACGAGUAUUGUACAUGAUAAACCACAAGGAUGACGUUAAUCUUGAAAAUUUCCUUAACGAUUCUUCUGAUGAACAGGGUGAAUGUCAUACGUCUUCUCCCAGAGUCAACAUACCUCCUACUUUCAGCACCCCGAAGAAAAAGAAACCCGUGAUUAAUUAA